AUGCCUUUGGGCGGGUCGACUCAGCAGUUCCGCUCGUACGGCAAACGCAAGACCAACGUCAUCAACAAACGACAAGUGCUCGGCGGAUGGGCCACGAGCCCGGCUGGAGGAGCGGCAGGAAGAGCGAAGGACGAGUCGAGCGAGAGUAGCUGUUCGAGUAGCGACAGCGAAGGAGAGGCGCCGGUUAUUUCGAGGCCAGCGCUGAAGAAGACGGUACCAGUUGCACGGGCAAGGAAGGCGUCUGUCGAGGUGGUUAUCGAACCGCCGUCACUCUCUCGACGACCAUCCGCCCGACCUUCGCAAGCUCCCUCCCGCCAGACAACAGUCUCCGUCGACAAGGAGAACUCGUCCGCAUCGUCACUCGGCUCUCUUGUCCGCCCUCCGCCGUUGAAGAAGCCGGUCGAAAAGGUAGCGCCGAAGCAGCCUCCGGUCCAGCGCGUCCCGCUCAGCCUGAAGGGACGGCAGCCAGCCAAGGCGUCCAUUCCGCAUGCUAUCGCCGUCGAGCCGAAAACGAUCGAGGACCCGGCUGCAGGGUCGGCGGAGGAGUCGGAGAACGUCGUCGGUCCCGUCAAGCGAGUCGGCAAGACGGCGAGACGGAAGCUGGUCAUUGCGGACGACAGCGAAGAGUCGCCAGCGUUACCGACCUCUCCGGUCCUUAACAAGUGUCCAACAUCUCGGUCGACGUCUUCGGUCGCUAUUGCUCAACCGACGGGUGACGCGGGUCCUUCGACUGCCGCUCGCUCGACUGUCCCGCCUGCCGACCUCGAACCUCUCGCGCCCAAGACUCGUCGACGAUCAGUGCACCCCUCCGCGCUUCCUCCUCGCCGCCUUCCCUCACCCUCGACGCACCCUACCCCAGCCGCCAUAACCCCGCUCUUCCCUCACCUCCUCCACCCAACAAUCUUCUCCUUCACAUCUUUCAUCUCUUCCCCUCCCUCUCCGCCGUUCUGCUCCGCGCCAUUCCCACUAUGGCGCAAGAUCGGCGAGGCGUCUUAUUCGGAGGUGUUCGUCACGGACGCAGGAGGAGGAGAGGAUCUGGUGGUCAAGGUCAUCCCCGUCGCUCCGGCGGAUUCGACAGCAAGGGUUCCGUCGAAGGAAGGAGAGGAGCUGCCGUACAUGAGCGACUGGGAAGCUGUGAUGCGCGAGAUCGAGGUCAGUCGGGCGCUAGGAGGAGAAGAUGGCCUGGAAGGCUUCGUCAAGUUCAAGGGAGCGUUCCUCGUGCAAGGAUCGUACCCGCAAGAACUCCUCGCCUCAUGGGACGAAUACAAAGCGUUGCAGUACCCGCCUACCGACGAGCAGAUCCGGCCGCACGUCCUCCCCUCGUCUCAGCUCUACGCCCUCAUCCUCCUCUCGCACGCCGGAUCCGAUCUCGAGACGUACAAGCUCAAGACGUGGAGAGACGCAGCGAGUGUGCUGGUGCAGGUGACGCAGACGUUGGCGGUCGCGGAGGAGAAGAAGGGGUUUGAGCACCGUGACCUGCACUGGGGCAACAUCCUCGUGCGAUCCGUCUCGUCCUCUUCCGCAGACAUCCCUCGCCGGCUCGCCUCCUUGCGCCUUUCCGACCCUCCCUCCUCGUCCGGCACCGACUCCACCGCUCCACUCCCCACCCUGCCUUUCCUUCCGUCUCUUCCCUCAAUUUGUGCCACCCUGAUCGACUUCACCCUCUCCCGCUGUGCCCUCUCCACCAACCGAAUCGCCGCCGACCUUUUCUCAGACGAAUGUAUCUUCCAGGGCGAGGGAGAUUUGCAGUUUGAGGUGUAUCGCUGGAUGAGGGAAGUGGUUGAGCGCGAGGGAGGGGAGUGGGAAGGUCGGCAUGCGAGAACGAAUGUGUUGUGGCUGUACUACCUCGUCCACAAGCUUCUGCACGACAAGAAGCUUCGACCGCCCACCGACCUUGCCACCAAACCCUCCUCCUCCUCAUACACCUUCCCCUCUUCUCCCGCUCGAGCAGCACCUUCCCCCCGCAAGCCCGCCCGCCGCACCUCCUCCUUCGCCUCCUCCUCAUCCCUUCCUCUCUCGCCCAUCGCGCCAAGUCGGAAGGUUCGGACAAUGCCGGCUUCUUACCUCCCAGGCGGACGGAACCACUCGCUCUACCUGAAAGAGCAGGAAGAAGAGCGGAGAGCCUGGGAGUGGCUGAAGGGCGUCGAGGAAGAGUUGGAGAAGUGUCUUGAGCGAUGGGGACUGCGAAGCGGGAAGGAGGGGAGGAAGGGGAGUGCGAAGAAGGCAGGUCCGAAGUCGAGGAAGGUCCGGGUCGAGGCGCUGGAGGGAGGGUUUGCGAGUGCGGGAGAGGUGUGGAGAUGGAUGCUCGGGCGGGGUGGGGACGUGAAGCGGUAG